CACACUCUCUGGCCUCCAGUUCCUUUUAUGUUGGGUUCUAUGUGAAUCCCAUAAUCCUCUGCGUGACCCCCCCCCCCCCUCCCCAAAUUCGACAACAUGGCUGAGCAGCUGCUGGGACUGUGGUAAAUGUUUCUCUGUUUGGAUCUCCAUCACUGUGGAUAACGGAAUGGAAUUUCAGGUGCCUAGCUCUGCUUCUGGUUCUAUAAGGAUGCCCACUGACCACCCACAGGUUGACAUGGAAAAUUCAGACAGACUACUUUCAGAGCCACCACAGGCUUGUGAUAAUGCCUGCCAGAAUUUAUGUCAUGGCCCAGUGGAAUCGGCCUUUGGUGACACUUUGGGUAGGGCACCACCUCGUGUUGACAGUUGCCCUGAUAUGGACACAAGGCCUCCGCUCACCCCAGAUUUAAUUUGUAUGGAUUUAGAUGCGCAGCUGGAGGAUUCUGGGCACGGGUACACCUUUCAUAUGCAGGAGCUACUAAGUGAGCUGCCCAUGUUGGACCACCAAAAAGAACAAGCAGAGCUUGGCUUGCCAAAUGCCAGCCAUUGUAAAGAGACACUCAAUGGGGAUGCAGAACCCAAGGAUGGCCACACUGAGUGUGCACCGUGCCCAUUACACAUAGUCACAGGAAAAGGCCUAGCACAAGGUGUUCCUCAUUUAUCUGAAUCAAGCACUAUGUCUUCCAGUAGUCUGGGUCUUUUUCGGACAGAAUCUGCCUCUGGGGAACUGAUGAGCCUCUUUCAGUGUGAAGACGGAUCAUUGGCACAAGGAGAAAUGGGCAUACCUCUGGCCAGACUUGAAUCUGUGCCAAGGAAUCAGCCUCCCAGCCUUCAUUCUUUGCAAGAUCAAGUACGUGAUUGUUUAGGGUGGAAUGAAGAAGAAACAACAUCCUCUUCAUCUGAGCUUAGUAGAGAGGAUUCAUCUUGUAGCCUAGCAGAGUUGACUGAACCAGCUUGGACAGAGUACCGGAAACCACCACCUUCUCUACAGGAAAGUGAGGAAGAUCAGAAAAUAGGGACACCGGAAUUGUCCUUGGAUUACCCCACUCCGGCAAAAGUUCCAGUGGUGCCUGGUCCAUGUGAACCAGAAGAUUUGUUGGAUGGGGUAAUUUUUGGUGCCAAAUACUUGGGUUCUACCCAGCUGCAAUAUGAGAAAAACCCAGCAACAAACACUCGGAUGAGACAGGCCCAGGAGGCAGUGGACAGGGUGAAGGCACCAGAAGGGGAGUCUCAGCCGAUGACCGAGGUUGAUGUAAUGGUGUCGACACAAAGAGUUAAAGUGCUGACUGCAGAUUCUCAGGAAGCUUUGAUGGAUCACCCAUUACAAACAAUCUCAUACACUGCCGAUAUUGGAAGUAUUGUGGUUAUUAUGGCACGCAGGAAAUCUCCCCGUAGCCAGGAGCAGCCCUCUGGCCAAAAGAGGUCACAAAGGAUGCUGUGCCAUGUCUUCCAGUCUGCUGACGCUCAGAUGAUUGCCCAGGCCAUUGGUCAAGCUUUUGGAUUGGCCUAUCAGAACUUCCUGCUUUCAGAAGGCGGGCAGCCAGUCACUUCAGGAGCUACAGAACAAUUGUACAAUGCUGACCUGGCUUACUUCAGCAAAAGGGACAACUGCAGAGAGGUAUAUAUCCAGAAGCAGCGUGGAGAGGUUCUUGGUGUAGCUGUAGUGGAGUCAGGUUGGGGAUCUUUGCUUCCAACUGUGGUUAUUGCAAACCUGAUGCAUGGGGGACCAGCAGAGCGCAGCGGUGAACUCAGCAUUGGGGAUCACGUGACCAGUAUUAAUGGAACCAGCCUGGUGGGACUGCCCCUUUCUACAUCACAAGGGCUGAUCAGGGAGCUGAAAGGCCAGUCUGAAGUGGUUUUGAAUAUAGUCCGUUGCCCACCUGUUAUUACCGCAAUCAUUCACAGACCUGAUGCCAGUCACCCGUUGGGUUUUUGUGUGGAAGAUGGAGUGAUCUGCAGCCUAGUGCGUGGGGGUAUUGCUGAGCGUGGGGGAAUCAGAGUUGGCCAUCGCAUUAUCGAGAUAAACGGUCAAAGUGUUGUGGCCACAUCCCACGAGAAAAUUAUUCAGACUCUACUAGAUGCUACAGGGGAGGUCCAUAUCAAAACUAUGCCAGCUUCUACUUACAGACUGCUGACCGGACAGGAAACCCCACUCUACCUUUGAGGACUACUUGAUAUUCAUCUCCUUCACAAUGCACCAUAUCCAUCGUGUGAGUGGAUGUAAUGCUCAGGAACUUGGCGUUCUAUACAAAUAUGGACACUUUGGCAAGAACGUGUAUUUGUAACUUUGUGCCUUUGUGGUGUUAAAGAUCACACAGAGAAGGUAAUGAGGCUCCUUCUUCCACGCUUUUCUUGUGCCGUAUUAAUAGAAUCUUUCUGGCCUCACUAGUGAAUGUAUUGGGUUAUGGACUGAUAAAAAGAAUAGUCCCAUCAAAUGGAAAGUGCAAUAAUUAAACAAUCCAACAAGGACAACCAGUCAGACACAAAGCGCUCAAGAAGAGGACCAGGUCACUAGACCAUAGCUGCAUCAAUUCCUUUGUACAUCUUUUAACAGAAUAACAAGUGGGAUUACCAUUUAGCUAACUGGACCAUUCCUACUGGGAAUAGGGCAGUUUUUCAUCUCCAGUAUUAAGUUUCCCAAUGUGCUAUACACACAAACCGAUAUGGAGAGUGAAUACAUAACAGGGAAAUAUUCACGGUCUAUCCCUAGGUCGAACAGAAUAGAGAGAGACAACGUCGCUGUGAUAAAUUCAGCUUUCUCCCUGCACGGAUUUCAGGAAGGAACAGAGCUCUGAUUUUGUAGUGGAUGCCUUCUGCGCACACACACUACAGACUUUAAACUAGUUCUGUACAUUUCUGUUUUAUAUAUAUAUAUAUCUGAGCAAUUAAAUAUUGAAUAAACCAGAUGGACAAUGGCAAAAAAAGUCUCAUUUAUUAAAGUUAAAAAUA